GGCUAUCGCCAAUGACUUGGACAUUUGUCAAACUGCGACGAAGAACGAUUCCAGGCAGAAAAAAAGCGGUCUGCGUAGAAAAAGGUUUACAGGCAUCAUGAGCAACAGAUCCCCUUCUUUUCACGUAUGGUCCUUCCUGCUCGGGUGCAUUUGGUCUCUCGCGUUUGGUUCUGCCUUUCGUCUUGGCCUGUUUUCAUUUCGCAAGCAUUCUGUUUCCACCAGAGUCGAGUCUGGGACGACAUCGACGACGAUGUUCUCGCCCUCCGUGUUGUCCUUGUCGCGGCGUUCAAUCUCUUCUUCUUCCUCUUCGUCGUUGUCACCAUCGCCUUCCCCUGUGAUGAUGGAAGCCGUCCCCUCCGGACGAAAGCGCAGAAAAUUCCAACAGGUUCGCAAGAGAAUCUUUUCGCGAACGAGACGGGGCUAUCGAAACGAUGGCGAUGGCAUCGUUAUCCUUGUGGACGAGGAUGUGUCCAGCGAACCGGAGACUCCGAUGUCCACAGAGACUGUGGACGAGGAAAACAGUGACAAAGCCAUGCGAAAAGCGGAGAUCGGAGCUCGGAUUCGUGCCAUUCGGGAGGAAACCCAGGGACAACACCAACAGCUGACCAGGAAACGACCACGAUACACGCCGUAUUUGCCGUCAUUAGCGGGAAAGAAGAAACCAAAACCCCUUCAGGUCGAAACGGUGGAAGAACUCCGACACGCGAUACUAGAUCAACAGUUGAGACUCAGUGAUACAACCAUUGUCGAAGCCAAAUCCCAGAGCAACGUUGAUGCCGCUCAGACAACCGCAGGAAAAGGCGUGCCACCGGUCCUGGACCAUGCUGUUCGGGACCUUAUCAAGGAACGAUUCGUCAACGGGACUACCCCAGGACACCGUCUUCCAGAAGACAAGGCCACCCUGGCACUCGCUAUCGAGGGAGGCGGUAUGCGUGGUUGCGUUUCGGCCGGAAUGGUCGCUGCACUUACGGCACUGGGCUUGUCUGACACCGUCGACUCCAUUUAUGGAAGUUCCGCCGGAUCGGUGGUCGGCGCGUACAUGGUGAGCCGUCAGGUUUGCUUGGACGUGUACGUGGACAUUUUACCGGCCUCAAAAAAACUCUUUGUGUGCAAGAAACGCAUGGUCGCCAACUUGGCCUCGCUGGGGCUGACCCAGAUGCUUGGCAAAAGGAACUCCAGAAAGACUGGUAACGGGAAACAAAAGAUCGAUUUCAUCUCCUCCUCGACUCUGUCACCGCCGUCGCCGUUACCAAAAACGCUUCGGGAACGGCUGCUCCAGACGCAACCUGGCAUGAACAUUUCCUUUGUAUUGGACGGGAUCAUGGGCGACGACCACGGCCUGCGCCCGCUGGACGUGCAAGCCUUUCGCGAGAACAGCGAAAAACAAAAGCUGAGGGUGGUGUCUUCUUGCGUCGAUCCGGCGACGGGGAAGCUCUUGUCGAAAUGUUUUGGCAGCAAGGAGUUCUUUUGCAAGGACGAAAGCCUCACUAGUCCCGACCGCAAGCGCCAAGGACUAUUCGCCUGUCUCCAAGCCUCUAUGACGGUGCCGGUAAGUUUGAUUGAUUUCUUUCCUGUCAAUUUUGGCUGGAGUGUGAUGUAGUCUGGACUAUUGUAUGCUAUUGCUUCGAAUCGAUGAAAGGAUCAAUAAAGAUCAAAAGACGACGAGGCUCUUCGCAUGAAUCGUUGAAAAGGAUUUUCAAAUGACAUCCAUUGCACUCGCACUUCAUAUGCAAAUAACACUAACGAUGAUUUUUGGUAUGCUUUCGACUAAUAGGGUGCUACCGGUCCACCAAUAAACCUCGUUCGCAAGAACGAAGCGUCCGAAGAUCCCCUUCCAUGCUUUGAUGCCUUUUGUUUUGAACCGAUUCCCUAUCGGUCGGCCGUUGAAGAGGGAGCUACGCACGUAUUGGUGCUUACCACUCGACCCGAAGACUUCGUUCCGUUGACGCAGCCGACUGUAUACGAAUCUGGUGUUGCCCCCCUCUAUUUCCAUUCCCACGGCCAGAAAGGUGUAGCAGAAUUUUUCGAAAAGGGAGGCCAACAAUAUAUCUACGCCGAGGAC